AUGAUGUACGCAUCAACGAACCAACUGUUUCCACCUUCGCACAUUACGACAUUGCCCGCCGGUGCGGAGGACGACGCGGACGCGCUUACGGUGGACGGGACGCUGCGGUGCAUUGGCGACAAGACACAUCUGAAGCAGAGGUACGGGACGGGGUUCGAGGUGGCGGUGCACGUGGCGGACGAGUCGCCGGAGGUGAUGGCUGGGGUGGAGCAGUUCUUCGAGGAGGAGUUCCCGUCGAGCGAGCUGACAGAGGCGCGCGCGAAGCGCUUCACGUACCAGCUGCCGAGCACUGUGCGCCUGUCGAGCGUGUUCACUGCGCUGGAGCAGCAGAAGGAGAGGCUGCAGAUCCGCGACUACAAGGUGGCGCAGACGUCCAUUGAGCAGGUGUUCAUGCGCAUCAGCGAGGAGGCGGAGCUUCAGCAGGAGGGGGAGCACCAGGAGCGCAUGCAGAGCGAGAAAAAGUCGCUUUGCUUGUGCUAG